AUGAGACCAUACACAGAAGAGGAUAUAUCACAUGAGAAGUGUGUGCCUGGUCCUCAAAUUGUUCCUGAAACAUGGGAAAUAUCACUCGAGGAGUUUGUUCAGAUUCCUGGUAAUAGGUUCUCUGCAUUAAGAACAUUAUUUGCUGAUGGUACUUCAUUGGAUGUUGUUGAUACAACAAAGAUUGUGAGAGUUCUUGGACUUGAUUUGUUGGAAGAUAUUGUUUUUUCUCAUAAGGCGGGGAAAAGUUGGAAUGAGAAGUUUGACUUGAAUACUAUAGUUGUCAUUGAUGGAGCUAAUGCGGAAAUCCGCGCUACUUAUUGUGACAAGUUCUGUGAAGAGACAACACUUAAUGACUUCUUCAGUUACAUUUGUACGAUUGUUGAGCUAUUUAGAACAGAAGGGUUUGGUCUCCCAGCAUUCUUCAACCGGUUGACCAAUAACUUGUCAAACCCUCCCAGCAGACCUUCAGUGUGUAGCCAACAUCAACCGGAGGGCUUCCGACAUCGUCUUAAUGGCUUCUGGGAUUGUGUAUUGACUACCAUGGCACUGAGGUCCUCUUCGGCUAGAGCUGGAUUAUUUACAGGAAUUCAUAAGAUACGGCGUUUCGCCCCAGAGGAAGUGAGACGUGCUCUGAGAGGUGUAUUGUCAAGUACAGAUCCACCUCAGAUUACAUCUGAUUGGAGAGAUUUAAUUGAAGAAAGAGGACAUCCAGUCCUCAAAAAGGUUUUACGGUACAUUUCUGGCGAUUCAGAUCAAAACAACAAAAAGGUUAAAGAGGGUGAAGAUCCGGAUAGGAAGUUUGGGCUUUAUGAACCUGAUGUUGGCAGCUUGUCUGUUUUUCCAAGACAAGUAAAUGAACAUGGAAAGUCUAAGGUGAAUAUUUUAUUUCCUGUUUUCUGUUUGUUUCACUGA